AUGCAGAACGACAUGAAGCAGCCGGCGCACCUGAGGCGCAACUAUUCCCAUGCUCUGGACGGCAUGUACCGCGUGCUCCGGGAAGAGGGCUUGAAGAAGCUAUUCUCAGGGGCUACAAUGGCAUCCAGCCGAGGGGCCCUAGUCACCGUUGGGCAGCUCUCCUGCUAUGACCAGGCCAAGCAGCUGGUUCUCACCACGGGGUUGCUGUCAGACAACAUCUUCACUCACUUCCUGGCCAGCUUCAUCGCUGGCGGAUGCGCCACGUUCCUGUGCCAGCCCUUGGACGUGCUCAAGACCCGUCUCAUGAACUCCCAGGGCGAGUACCGGGGUGUUUCUCACUGUGCCAUGGAAACCGCCAAGCUUGGACCCCUGGCCUUCUAUAAGGGCUUCGUUCCUGCGGCCAUCCGUCUCGUUCCUCACACCGUCCUCACCUUUGUCUUCCUGGAACAGCUCCGCAAAUACUUUGGGAUCAAAGUGAUCACCUGAGUGGGAGGGAGGGGACCUGUCUCAUCCCGUGACUUCUCCGGGG